AUUCAAAUUGCAAAUCCUCGUUCUGGACUUUCGCAGGCUUCAGUUGUUGUUCUUUAUUGUACAUAUUUAAUCACAAGUGCAGUGGCAAAUGAACCGGGAGAAUGUAAUCCGUUGACACAAAGCAGUGGAACGCGUACAACUACUAUCGUUUUAGGAGCAAUAUUUACCUUUUUGGCGAUUGCAUAUUCGACGACACGAGCUGCUAGUCAAGGCAAGGCAUUAAUAACUAAAUCGGAUUAUCAUCCUUUAAAUACUGCUACAGCAGUGCCUUUGAUGACUAACCAGCCAAACGGACUCAAUCCCAACAUGCGAUCUGAUUCGGUGUUGGCUGCUUCCAUUGAAAGCGGUUACGUAUUUUUCCAUCUCAUUUUCGCUAUCGCGUCUAUGUAUGUUGCAAUGCUUCUUACGAAUUGGAACAACAUGUCUACGGAGGACGACAAUAAUGACGGUGAACUUGUUAAAAUUGGUCAAUCGUAUACCGCCGUAUGGGUUAAAGUCAUUUCAAGCUGGGCUUGUUUCUUAUUAUACACAUGGACUUUGGUUGGACCAGUAUUGAUGCCUGAUCGAUUUGAGAUUUACUAA